CAUUGCGAGCCUUAUGAUCAAAAUAUGACGUCAUCUUAUCUUUCUCACUCGACUCAACUGCAGCCACCGAACAGAGUAAUCACCAAAGUGAGUGGUAGAGCACGAGAGGAAGGAAAGAAUGAGCUCAUGGGUUUGCUCUUACGUGACCCGAAACGUCGUAACCUCCGAUCAUCCACCACAACAUCCUUUCUCACUAUCCCAACACUUUGGUUCUCCGGCGUCAACUCGAAGAGCAUCCGUCAAGUUACCCUUAACAUCUAUGCCCAAGUUUCGGCCACUGAAACUCCAAAAGUUUCGAUCUUUAUCGACGACACAUGAAGGGGGAGAAGACUCCGAAUCAGUCGUGCAAACCCUCAAGAUUCCAGACGAGUGGUUGCUCCCUUCCAAGGCCAUUGAGGAAUCUGAAUGGUUGAGAGUAACUCUGCACAAGUGGUUGGAUGAUGAGUAUUGCCCUGAGCCAACCAAUGUGGAGAUCAGUAAUGUAGCUGCAAAGUCUCUCUACACUUCACUCUUAGAGAAAGAAACUGACAUGGGAGUGAUUUUGCUCAAAAUGGCUCAAGACUUAACCUCGAUUUCAUACCAAGAAAGCUUCCACGGAGCUUUCACAUCCGCAAACGCAGCUAUAAAUUUGAUUGUAGAAAGAUUAGAAUCAUAGUUUAGUUUAAGUAUGUUUCAAGAACAGUGUCUUGUUUUGUAAAAGAGUUAUGAAUAUUAUUAAACUUGAUCA